UCCGAACUCUUCGCCCUCGAUUUGAUUAGUGGGCCUGCGAGUUCAUGUCGAUUUGUCGAUUUAGAUCAGGUUGCAAAGUUGAAGUCUCUGUACAAGGCGAUGUGCCGUGAAGGCCGUAAUGGAUAAGAUGGAAGAACUGUAAUUUACAGGGGUUGGCACAAAUCUCGACGACCAGCUUUGAAGCUGAAAAAUCUUGAGGGGAGUGAAUGUUGUGACGUGCUAAUAGAAGAAGCGGCCCGAUAGAGGGUCUGGCAGAAUCACGAGUUGUCCAAAUUCUUCUUCAACAGUAGAGUCAACUGACAGGUCGAUCUCACAUAACAAUGCCGAAUCUAACCAUGCGGCCUUUUCUCCGUCUUCUGUGCGCUCCGCAAUUUCCCGCGCCCAGUCACGCGUGUAGAUUGUCUAUGCUUUCGUACAAGGAUUUGGUGUAUGAUUCCGUCCAGCCGUCAAGAAUUGGGCACUCAUGUUGCACUUCCUCUCCGUUCGCUUGUUACUCGAAUCUCCGGAAAAGAAAAGAGUUCAAUGGCGAUGGAGAUACUCCGAAACGUUGGUUCACGAGUUCAGGAUUCACAUCUGUUGCCCACAGCUGCAGUGAAGAAAAGAAAUUAAGGAGUAGAGUCGAAAUGCAAGCAGCGCGGAAUGCCGAUGGAAUGCUGACAGAGGCGAAGUAUGAAGACUUAGAGACUUGGAGCAGGGGAGGAGGGUUUGUACAUAACCUGGCACAGGUUGAUGAGACUGUUGUGGUGGAGGUUGGGGCAGUAGUGCAUGCCUAUGCGCUUAUUGGACCUAACUCGCACAUCUCUUCAGGAUCUAUUGUGGGAGAUCACGUUGUCAUCGGUUCAAAUACCCGAUUGGGCUUCAACGUGUCACUCCAGAACUGCUCGGUUGGGGAUUCAUGCACUCUGCAUAACGGGGUCUGUGUCGGCCAAGAUGGUUUUGGUUUCACAAUAAAUGAUAAGGGAGAGGUCGUGAAGAAACCCCAGCUUCUUAAGGUUCAGAUUGGAAGCUUUGUGGAGAUUGGUGCCAAUUCGUGUGUUGAUAGGGGAAGCUGGCGUGAUACAGUGAUUGGAGACCACACCAAGAUUGACAAUCUGGUGCAGAUCGGUCACAAUGUGGUCGUAGGGCGUUGUUGUUUGCUCUGCGGACAAGUCGGACUAGCUGGGUCCUCCACGCUUGGUGAUUAUGUCGUAAUGGGAGGAAAGUCUGGAGUUGCUGAUCACAUUUCUAUUGCCUCAAAGGUUCGUAUAGCUGCCAAGAGUGCCGUAAUUUCGCACAUUACGGAGCCAGGUGACUAUGCCGGAUUUCCAGCAGUUCUUGCUAAAGAAUGGCGGCGAUCAAUGGUCGCUCUUCGAAAACUUGGUAGACGUGGCGAUAGUGAACCUCUCUAGUUCUAGGAAACAACAUUGUCCUGCAAGAAGUCUCUGCCGCUGUGAACCUUCACGGGAGGGGCAGCAUCUUCUGAGCUGUAAAUACGCAGACCGCCAGUUUGCUUGUAGUUAGAUCAUAUGCAGGAUUUGAACGUUUUAUGUUGUAUCUUUCACUAUUACUCCAUAUACAGUACCUUCACACGAGGAUUCUAUUUUGAAAAUAGCAUCCAGCAAUGAGGAUAUGUGGUAUGGUCCCGCUUGACUUAGAAUAACCCAGACUACUACGUGUGGUUUCUCGCACGAAAAGCCUUGUCUUAGCUCUGCGUUGAUUCAACUCUUAACCGUGUUAUACACUGAACUAUCUUAGAAGUCAAAUCUCGUUAUGCGAACUACACAGAACUUCUCGCUUAGAGGAUGAUAUGUUCUUUUCGUCUUCUUCUUGGCUGUGAAAGAGUUAGCAUAUUUAUGAUCAUGCCACAAUAAACAUCUUGUUGAAGCGCACUUGGAAAAUUAGUGACAGA